AAAGAUAACUUUGAAGGCAAUGGAAGCCGAAUUAGCCAAGCCACGAAAUGUCAUGCAUACAUUAUACAAACUACAUGAUUGGAUGAAGAAAGGUUUGGUAGAUGUUAACCCUGAUUUCCAACGUG